AUGUCGUCCAAACUGGUUGCCCUCUUCCUCCUCAUCCUCCUAUAUCUCGCUCUCAAAUGCCACUGUUCAACCCCACAAUCACGGGUCAAAGCCGGCUACUAUUAUACGGAUGACGGAAAUCUCAUUUCCGAUUUAAAUUCUAAGCUUUUCACGCACCUUAUAUGCGGUUUCACUUUCGUUAACCCCUCCACCCACCACCUCUUCAUCAACUUCUCCACCGAACAACAAUUCUCUACCUUCGCCGACAACGUAAAAACCAAGAACCCGUCCGUUAUAACGCUUUUGUCGAUAUGGGUUGGCAGAGAGCUUUUGCUAAACUUCUUCUCAAUGAUAAACCAGUCCUCUUACAGAAAUUCUUUCGUUCAGUCUUCCAUAGAAACAGCUAGGCUUUAUGGGUUUCAAGGUUUAGACCUUUCUGGGGUUGAGCCAACAGGAAAUAGCUCGGAUAUGGCCAACAUCGGUACCCUUUUGGACGAGUGGCGAGUUGCUGUAAAUUCAGAGGCAAAAAAUUCAAGCAAGCCAGAGUUACUCCUGGUCAUGUCCGGCAAUCGUCUGCCAGCUUUGGGUUCAGUGAUUUAUCCAAUUGAUUCCAUGACGAGGAACUUGGAUUGGGUACAUGUAUUAGCGUACAAUUACUAUUUGCCUGCAGGUAGGGACAGAGUCACAUUCUUUCAUGCAGCUUUGUAUGGCCCUUCGAAAAUGGCUAAUACGGAUGAUAGACAAUUGCACCAAGAUCCUCUGCUCACGGUGCAGAGGGACCUUUACUCAAUUCACGGUAUUGAGAAGACCAAUAUUUUAUUGAUAACAAAAUUGCAUAAAACGUCCAACAAGUUCCACGGUUUAUAA